AUUGACAAAAUAUAAGUAUUUUGACAAUGACAUAAACGAUCAUUGUCAAAAUUUCUGUUAUUAGUAAUAUACUUAAGGAACGAUGAAAUGAUGCAACACAUCGUCUAAUUUAAAUUUAUACAUAGGGGCAGUCCAGUUAAAAAAAAAUUAAUACAGAUAUUUGCAAGAGGUACAUAAACCUUGCACCUAAUCGAGCUAUGAGAAUUUGAACAGGGAUAGUCCUGCACAAAGUCCAUUGUUCAUUUACAAUGCAUUUCCUAAAGCUGAAGUUUAACAAUAAGACAGAUAAAGAGGCUGCUUUAAAAUUUCAACUCCCCGAAGACACUAAUUUUUUAACCAACGAAAAAAUGCAAUCAAGACAAUCAUCCACUUCUGGCGUUCUAAUGGUUGGCCCCAAUUUUAGGGUUGGAAAGAAAAUAGGCAGUGGAAAUUUUGGGGAGCUCAGAUUGGGAAAAAAUUUAUACAAUAACGAACAUGUGGCAAUCAAAUUGGAACCUCUUAAGUCUAAAGCGCCUCAACUGCAUCUUGAAUAUAGAUUCUAUCAAAUGCUUGGAGAACAUGAAGGUAUCCCAAAAAUAUAUCACUUAGGUACCUGCGGUGGAAGGUACAAUGCACUUGUUAUGGAAUUACUUGGUCCUAGUUUGGAAGAUUUAUUUUCACUAUGUAGCAGGAGGUUUAGGUUAAAGACCGUUUUAAUGAUUGCCGAUCAGUUAAUAUCGAGAUUGGAGUAUGUUCAUAAUAAAAGGUUAAUUUUUCGUGAUAUAAAACCAGAAAAUUUUCUGAUAGGCCGUUCGAAAAACAGAAAGGAUAAGAUAAUACAUAUAAUUGAUUUUGGAUUGGCUAAGGAAUAUAUCGAUCCAGAUAUUGGAAAACACAUUCCUUACAGAGAACAUAAAUCGUUGACUGGUACAGCCCGCUACAUGAGCAUAAACACCCAUCUGGGUCGAGAACAGUCCCGCCGGGAUGAUUUAGAAGCAUUGGGACACAUGUUUAUGUACUUUUUGAGAGGUUCGCUGCCAUGGCAGGGCCUGAAAGCAGAUACAUUGAAGGAGAGGUAUCAAAAAAUUGGUGAAACUAAACGAGCGACCUCCGUGGAAAGUCUCUGCGAAGGACAACCGGAAGAGUGGGCAACUUACUUGAGAUACGUAAGGAAGUUGGAGUUUUCAGAAUCUCCCGAUUAUGAUUAUCUAAGGAAACUAUUUAGAGAUUUGUACUUCAGAAGGGGUUAUCCUGACGAUGGUAUAUUUGACUGGACAGUGUAUAACAAGGCAAAUGAGGAAAACUCUGUAUCUCAAGGCUAAUUUAUCUUGACAGUGUACCACACAAUUGGGCCAACUGUACUACCGAAUCCAUUAGAAUCAAAAUCUACCCAAAUAACACCAGAGGAACUACAAAAUCAGAUCGUCUCUCCUGGUUAAAUACCGAGGAAAGAAUGGAAAUUCAUAAAACUAAAACGUGACAACUAUGGGAAAAUGGAUUCUUUAAUUCGAACACAAGAGAAAUACAAUAAUAAUAAAAGUUUUGUAAAUAAAUGUCCAUUGUAAUUUCAA